AUGUCAUCCAUCGGACUUAAUCUCACUAACAAUUAUUCCCUCUAUGCCGUUCCUGUAGCUUGGGCCGUAGCUGUCGCACCCCAUUUCUAUGCUAUAGCGUUGUACAAUUCUGAAAAAGCUGCCGGCUCACCUAAAUGGGAUAACACCGAACCCAAGAAGAAUAUCGCUAAUAUCAAAGAUGCAAAGCUUUCACCUGCCUCUCAAGGUAAAUAUCUGAGAGCCGAAGCUGCCCAGCAAAAUGGUUUACAAAAUUUGCCUUUGUUUGCUGCUGCUAUCCUCGCUGGUAACUUUGCUAGAUUGUCUCCAUCAAUUUUGAACACUACAGCAGCAGUAUACCUCCUUUCCAGAGUGGUGUACAGCUUCAUUUACAUCAACAACACCUCUGAGCUCUCUGCCAACCUGCGAUCAGCAACUUUCUUAACUGGCGUAGCCACCUGGAUGUCCCUUUUUGUCAGAGCCGGUAACAAGUUGUUCUGA